GGCUCUGCGCACAAUCGGCGUGAGACGGUGCGUGAUGAGGGAGCGUAGCGGCCGCAGCUUAUUUACAGUAGAGCCUUCACCUUCAGCGCUGAACAGCCCGAGUAUGACCUUUCAAAGGUAAUACUGUGGAAACCAAGUGUUGGGAGCGCACAUUCCUCUGCCCCUGCAGAGGGAGACGCGAAGCAGGAAACUGGAGUGAAGCCGCCGCUUCCUGGGGCUCUCUCCCAGCUGGAACCUGAACAUUGCCAGGCCCCAAAAGCUCAGUUUCUGCACUUGCGAGGGUCUUGUGAUUGACAGCGUGCGCUGUUGACAGCCCUGAGCUGCAUUUUUUAAGAGAAUUGUAGUGGAUCAUGGGACUACUAGUCUAAAAGAACAUGUAAGAAAGAAGAUGUCAGAGCAAAAAAGAAGAAACAAAGGCAAACCGUUACAUAAUACCAACUUAUACAUUGAUCUUCCAUCAACACAAUGGCCUAUAGUAUAUUCUUCUGACUAUAAUAUCUCCUUCCUGGGUCUGGAAAAGCUUCACCCUUUUGAUUCUGGAAAGUGGGGGAAAAUUGUCCACUUUUUAAAAGAAGAGAAACUAAUAAGUGAUGAAACCAUGGUAAAAGCCCGAGAAGCACAGGAAGAUGACUUGUUGGUAGUGCACACAAGGCGUUACCUCAAUAAACUCAAGAACCAUUUCUUGGAAGGCUUACAAGAGUGGUCAUUUAUAGUUGCUACUAUUACAGAGAUACUACCUGUGGCAUUCCUCCCUAACUUUAUCAUCCAGAGAAAAGUACUAAAACCUUUCAGGACACAGACUGGGGGAACAAUUAUGGCUGGAAAACUUGCUAUUGACAGAGGAUGGGCGAUCAAUGUUGGCGGAGGCUUUCAUCAUUGCUCAAGUGAACAAGGAGGGGGCUUUUGUGCUUAUGCUGACAUAACUUUGGCAAUCAAGUUUCUGUUUGAGAGAGUGGAAGGAGUGUCUAAGGCUAUGAUCAUCGAUUUGGAUGCACAUCAGGGGAAUGGACAUGAGCGAGAUUUUAUGGACGACAACAGAGUCUAUAUUAUGGAUGUUUUUAAUAGAUACAUCUACCCAGGCGAUGGAUUUGCAAAGCGAGCUAUCAAAUGGAAAAUUGAGCUGGACUGGGACACAGAGGAUUCGGAGUAUCUGCAAAAAGUGGAAACACAGAUGUCAAAAGCAUUACAGGAAGUCACUCCAGAUAUCAUUGUGUACAAUGCUGGCACUGACAUCUUAGAUGGUGAUCAACUAGGAGGAUUGGCUAUUUCACCACAGGGAAUCAUUAAAAGAGAUCAAGCAGUUUUUCAGGCAGCCCGCAAGCGUAAGAUACCCAUUCUAAUGGUGACAUCUGGAGGCUACCAAAGGUCCACGGCCCGGAUCAUAGCUGAUUCUAUUCUUAACUUGCACCAAUUGCAACUAAUAGACCAAAAGGUGCUUUAGGUGGAAUGGAUGAAUCUAACACAGCUUUUCUAAUUCAGAAAUCUGUAUUAGUUGUAACAUCGCUGCUAUCAAUGCAAAGAACUUCCACUAGUUUGGAGAAAAAUCUAAUUUAAAUUCUAAAGUAACAAUGUUCUAUAAUCUGACUAAAAGUUAUAAAUAUAGAUUGGAUAAAGAAAUGAGCAGGUUUACAACACUAUUUAAAUCUUAAAGGAACAUUCCUCUCUGGUGCAAUAAAUAACUGAUUUUAAAAAUCAAUAUAUAUUUACUUGGCUGUUAGAAUCUAAAGAAAUAUGAAGUUCGAAAUAAAACAUCCAGCUCAAUACAUCCUGAUUCUUGAAUAAUUUACAUGAUAGUAUUUGUACAAUGGAGAAUCAGAGGUGUGAAGUAUCAAUCACUAUUCUCAACAUAUUCCCAAAAGAAGUUAAGGUGAAAGAGGUUAACAGAAUGUAAUUCAGAUUUGUUUUGUAACAACUAUUGGAGCAAUUGUAAGAGAAAAUGAUUAACUACAGAAAUAUCAUGUAAAAUUGCAUCAAAUUAAUAUAAAAAGCAAUUUUAUUGCCCAGAAAACCAUUUGUAAAGGAAUGUACCUUUAAAUACAAGGUGUCUAGUUAUCAAUUUUCAAUUUCUAUCUGAAAGCGCUCUUGUGUUCUUGUGCGAUGGCAUUAUCCAUAAUAAGUAUUGUUCUAUUAUGGCCGGCAGAAAGUAUUUUGUACUGUAGAUUAGCGUGCUUAAAUAACUAAAUGCACCAUUCACAUUCUUAAAGUAAUUUAAAUAUUAUUAGAACGUGACAAUUACUUUUUCACCUUUCUUCUUUUAUCUGGUACCAGUGGCAUAAUUUAUGUUUGGGUGAUGAAGUAUAUUCCAGUGCGCAAUAGGUCACACUGAUUUUUAUUUGGAGAAAAUCAGAUUUUCCUCUGCAUUCCUGAUCCUGUCCAUUUUUAAAAUUCCCUCAAAUGUUUGGCCAUCUAGAAUGCUUAGUGUGUAAACCCCACCCUCACUUCUUUGAGCUCAGGUUCCCCAUUUUAAACAAGGGUGAAAUUUAAUUCCCUUCCUUUUACCAUUUUUAUCUGGUAGUGAGGGAUUUUGGAAGUCCACUAAAAGUAUGCUAGUUUUUGACUGUGUGUGAAGAGAAUGAAAAACCUUUAAGGUUUUGAGAAUGGUCUGAAAGAGAGGUGUGAAAUGUUUGAAUGCCUUCAAAUGUUAAUCUAAGUUUUGUAUUCAAAUGUAAAUAUGUUUUUAAUGCAGUGAUUCAGCAUAUGAGACUGACUGGCAAAAGUAAGUUGAUCUCUAAAUGAUAAAUAUUAUGCAGAUGUUUGCAUGCAUUACAGUACUUUUCUAAUAGACAAAGUACCAUAAUGUAUUAAAAAUAAUGUAAACCAAAACAUUUUUUGUGUUCUAAUUUAGUUGAGUUGGUAGAUUUGCCUUUAAACAAAGAUCCCUUUUAAAGCUGAAAAUGAAAUCAACGCCUGCAAACCACACCCCCCCCCCCCCCCCCCCCCCCCGCUUAACCCGCGAGAUUGAUGUGCCUUUACCUCGAAAUGAGAAUUAUUAAUCGUUCUGUCAGUGGGGCUGGAGGCUUUUGUUAUUAGAGCUGUUCAUUAUUAAUACUUGGUUAGAUUUCAUCAACUCCAUUUCAGGAGGGGGCAUAUUAAUGCAAGAAAUAUUGAAACUUUUCUGAACCUUUAAGAACAAGGGUUUGACUUUGAUGUGGCUUCUUGAUUGUUUACAAAAAGUAAUAGGCACUUCAUGUUUUUCCCUUGUGAUUAUGGUCUGACAUCAAUGUACUGAAUUUGAUUUCAUUGAUUUCCAAUUAGUUUAAAAUAUUUCUCAUGGCUGUUAUAUGGCUUCUGAGAACAGUAAAGUGUAUAAAAGUGGGUGCUCAUAGACAAUUGGUAGGGGCAGAGCAUAGCGAUGACAUAAAACUGGCAUGAACAACAUGAGAUGGAAUGGCUACAUAAAGAUGGUAUAGGAAGAUCCGAGAGGGAUGGGUUGGUAUCAAGGAAUGUGUCGUAUGUGAUGGUGUGGAGCAUGAAGUUUAUGGGUCCUUUUUAAGCAAUAUUGAAAACUGGUUUGUUUUGAUGGAGAACCAAGGUGGAUCUUCUGAAUUACCACAGUACCCAUGCACUCCAUUGUAAGUUGCAAGUUGCAGUGAAAAUCUUGAUCCUUUUUGGAAAAUCACACAUGGGUUGAUUCUGUAUGUUGCAAGCCAAGAAAGUGCAUGGGUGUGGAUUUCCCAAACCCAGCCAAAAAUUCAGCCCUAUUUCAUUUUAAGAAAGUAAGAACUUGCUAAAUGAUGUAAAACCUAUGGUUUGUCACAGUCUGCUUUUUGAAGCUGAUCUUAUCGAAAUCUAUUACUAACAACAUGAACAGCCGCAAAGAAAAAUUGCAAAAUGAAACAGUGAACAGGUGGAAAUGCAUAACCAAUCUGGUAUCAAUAGUCUUCUGGUGAAAAGUAAAAUCUGCCUUUUAGGAUGUACAAAGUUUUAUGUUUAAACUGUACAGUGCUGUGGUAUGACCAUAUUUUGCACUCACUUCCAGUCAACAGAACAAAAGUACCUGGGGAUGCUAGAUAGAAUGGUCAGAAAACAAAUAUACGACUGAGUUAUGAGGAAGUUUGGCAAAAUUCUGAGAUUUGGGUGAUUGUCCCCUUUCAAUGUGGAGACACCUAAAACAGUGAGUGAAAUCAAUCAAAUCAAUUUUAAUUCAAACGUCAAAACGAUGGGAUAAGGAAAGCUUUGUUCUAAUAAAGGGAAAAUUUAGUUUAGAAAAAGGACCUGGAUGUUUACAAAGAUUUUUAUGGCCUCAGGACACAUGUUAAAAUUUAUAAAUGGUUUGGAUUGAUGUCAGGAGGCUCCUCGUAUACAGUAGUCAACAUGUUGAUUAGAUUUCUUGUUUACACAUUGGAGGAAACAAAGGCUAAAAGAAUUUUAUAAAUGUUGGGAUGCUGUGAUGGUGAGAUGGCAGGGUGUUGGGGCAAGACUAAAGGUUAUUCCAAUCUAGAUGUCCCAGGAUUUGCUAAGUGUUGAGGCCAAUUCAGUAGCUAUCUAGUCUUGUUUAAAGAAGCAAGAUGUAAAACCGCAAUAUAGUUGCAGAUUUCUGACUUAUCCUGUUAACGAGGAACCUCAGAUGUUAAUAUUCAGAGUGGAAAUUCAGGCACAAACUGUAGAUGAAAGGAUUUCAGUUAAGCUUUGCAAAUAUUUUGAAAAUUUUGUUGUCCACUGCAAUAGCACCACCACUUGCAAAUUCCUUUCCAAGUCUUGCACCAUCCUGACCUUCAACCACAUAAUUGUACCUUCAUAGUUGCUGGGUCAAAGUCCUGGAACACUCUCCCUAAUAACACUGUGGAUGAAUCUACCCCACGUGGAUUGCAGCAGCUUAAGAAAGUAGCUCACCACCACUUUAUCCAUGGAAUUUAGAUAUGGGCAAUAAAUGUUAGUGAUGCUGACAUUCUGAGAAUGAAUUCAUUUAAAAAGCUAGAUAUCUGCAUUGAAGUGCUGACUGACUUCCACAGCUCAACUCCAAUCACCAUGAAAAUAAUUUGUUUUGAUACAGUCAUCUGAGUGUGGAAGGAAACUAGAUGAUCACUUUUACACUUCUGAGAAAAUGCUUCCAGUGCAUUUAAGGAGAAGUUAGCUCAUAAAGAAAAUGAUGGGACAUGUUGAUCGGCUGGGAUUCAGCAAAUAGGGUAGGAAGAGAGCCCUUUUUAGGUUAAGCACCAAAUGAAUGGCACAUCCGUGCUGGAAAUUCAGAAUAAUGAUUUAACGAUGUGGCUUUGACCAAGGACAAAUAUAACAUAAUUUGAUGAGGAGACCCAUAUGUGCAUCACUUGUUGAUUUGAAAAGAUCAUUGAAAAAGAACAAAGAUGAGAUUUUGUUAAUUUUCUUUUAAUGUAUUUUGAAUAAAUGUGAUCUUAAUUUCAUUAACUUAAUAUCCAUUAUAAUGCUAGCCAAGUUCAUUGAAACCAUUUGAAGAACAUUGAAUUCUAAUGAAAAUAAACCCAUAUCAUUAUAUUUGUCUUCAAAAAUAAACUUUUAAUGGAGAGAUGCUAAAGAGAAAUAUAUAUUUGAUUUAUUAUUGAGAUUGCAGUAAAGUUAUACAAGUUGUAGAUGUAAUUCUGUUUAUAUGAAGAUGUUAUCAAUUGAACAUUGGCUUGGAUUUUGUGGUUGCAAUGACCGCAAAACUGUCAAUGUUUGCAACCAUUAUAAUCAUAAAACUGACAGAAGCCUUUAGAGUCUGCAUGUGCACAGGUAAAUGCAGAAAUUUGAAGUUGCUGUCAGUGACUGGUGUGCUGUUGAAUUCCUCACAGACGGAAAUAAUCAAAAAACAGUGAUUUGGUACAAAUUUCCUCUUAACAUGCCAUGUUGAAUGUAAUAUAACUGAGUUUUUAAACAGUAUACUUAAUCAUAAUUCUUGCUGAACAACUUUCUGGCCCUGAGAGCUUAAAUUUAUAUGUGUGGAAUGUCAAAUUUCUCCAUUCCAUCAUAAAAAUCCAGAGUCCCUCUAAAAUAAAUAAAUGCAUAAAAAUACUUCUUUUGGUAUUUCAACAACUCCCUUUAAUUCCAUGCAUGGCCUCAAAUCUUAACUUUCUCUCUGUACAGUUACAAAAACUACUUGAUAAAACCUACUUGUUACUUUCUGGUUUGAUGUCUAUGAGAAUUCUUCAGUAUGACUGGCUGUAUAGUCUGCUUCAUACUAGAGACACUUGUGAUUUGACACGAGAGUGAAACUCAGGGUAGAAGUGAAAAUCUAGUGAAAGUGGAAUUUAGCCCACAGAGCUCAUGAGGUCUCGGUAGGCAGUUUUCUUCAAUGUCAAUAGCAAGGUGACCAUGAAACCCUGGCCAAUAUGUUUAAUUUUGCAUGUUCUGCUUAAACUUUAUUAUUGUUGACUAAUAACUUCUGAAUGUAUUUUUGUACUGCAAAAAAAUCAGCAAUUCAACAUUAAAAUUGAGGCAAAUGAUACAGUGUGGAAAUAUUGAUUUUAGUAUUAUUAAUUGCAUUCUGUUAAAUAAGAUUUUAAAGAUUUGUUUCCCUGUUGAUUACUUUGUAAAUUAAUGAAAUUAUGUUAUUAUGAAUAUUGUUCCAUUUAUUAUGGGCUAGUUUAUUUUUAUGGUAAAUUUAAUCUUUUAGUAGCUGCCUUUGUUUACUGUUGUCCACAGCUACAUGAUGAGUGCCAAGUUUAGUCAUGUGUGUAUCUUGCACAACACGUCAGUUCUGAUAGCUGGUGUUAUAUCUGGUUUGCAAAAAUCACUUGUCCUAAUGAAAUAUACUCAUUAACUAAUGAUCUGUAGUUGACAAUUAUUUAUUUUUUCAACUGUUGAAAAAAGACACAUCAUGUUGAAGUCUUGCACUCAUCAGGACAAUUUCCUGGAAUGUCACUGCCGAGUGAAAACUGAUAGUAAUACUUUUGAGAGGGGUGUUCUGAUUGACAAACUCUUCUUGGUAGAGUUAUUACAAUGGAGAAUGCACCCAACUUUGUUUAAAUUUUAAAACAAGCGGGUUGACUGAUUGGUCAGGACAUUGUUCUGGGAAAUGUCUGUCAUCUAUUUUGUUGAAUUAAAACAGGCACAGUGUAAGGAUUUUUUUUCUAGCUGUAAGGAACAGGGCCCCAUAUAUUGACAUAUAUAUCCUCUUGAACAUUCCAGUCCGAAUGACAAUUCUAAAAACUAUGUCAGUGUCAGUAUUUGCACAGACAGGAUUAAAUAACACAUGCUGUCCAAUUGCAGAAUCACAUCCAAUGUUAAACACGUGAGUUUUGCAAGUGCUGGCUGGUUGGGUACAGAUGUUACUUGCUUGUUCUACAAAGCUGAAGAGAUAUUCCAGCAAUAUUGCAAUAACUAUUUGUUUAAUUAUUUAUCAAGGGUUUUACAGAUUGAUGCAAAUUAUUUAUCAAACUGGAAUUUUUUGUAUAUAUUAUCUUAGAUUUAACUUGUAUAUUAACCAGUGACUUUAUUUUUAUUAAUUCGUGGUUGUGGGGGUCACUGGCUAGAUCAGCAUUUGUUGCUAAUCCCCAAUUGCACAGAAGCUGUAAGAAUCGACCACUUUUUUUUGCCACAGGUAGGUCAGAAUAGGUAGUGACAUCAGAUUUCCUACCAUGAGAGACAUUAUACAUUUGUCAAAGAUCACAGUAGAAAAUAUAAUAAUAAAAUUGAUUUUCAAAAGUCUGCACUGCCACUUGAUUUUUUUGGUGAUAGCCUCACUAUCUGUGCUUUAUAAGAUUGCACUUAUCAAUCCUGAUUAAUAAAAAUUACAGUCAAUAUUAUAUUGAAUAGUUUGCAUUGGAAAUAUCUGCACUUUUUUGUCAAAAUCUUGGCCAAUUCUGAAUCUAUUCCACAUGUAACAUUGACAUACUCUGGUUCAAGCUGGCUGUUAUAAAGUUUUAUCUUCAUGAUAGAUUUGACUUUUGUUAUGUGUGCUUGGAACGUGAGCAUUGCAGGCCCUUUAUAAUUAUUUAUUUGCUUAUAGAGUCUGUGCGUACCUAAUCACCCUUGAGCAAUUGGGGGUGAGCCACAAACUUGUUGUUUAGUUUUCUUGGCAUCAAUUCAGAGGACACUUAAGUAUAAUCACACUAGAAUCAUGUGCCAAACCUAUACAGUUAGAAGACUUCUUAUUCUGAAGGACCAAGUGAUAGUGAUCACUUCUUCUUUACAGUCCAUUGUUAAAAAUGAAAUCAGCAUUUGACUUUAGAUUUAUUGAUUGAAUUUAAUUCUUCCAGCUAGUAUGGUGGUAUUUGAACUCUUGGCUCCAGAUAUAAGUCUAGGCUUUUGCAUUAAUAGGCCACUAACAAUGGCACUGCGCCACUGUGCCCAACAUGUUAAAUGUUUGUAUUUUGCUGUAUAAGUACUUAAUGCCUCUCUGUUUUGCUUGAUAUGUCUGUGAGGAGAGAAUUUGCAUUCUUUUCAAAACUCUAUAAAGGCAUGAACUAAUAUGAGUAAAGAUAGGCCAUACCAAUUUUAGCUCUGAAUCAGUUCGUGUUUUGGAAUGCAGUCUAAACUCCUCUUUCUGGCAGAUAUACUGAAAAGUGAAUUUCUUGGUAAUUAUUCCAGGAAGUAAAUUUUAGAUAUGAACUCUUAACAAUCAUUCAACUAAUCUGUAUUAUUUUUGUACUUUAAUAUGUCAGGCAUUAUUUAGCUGUCAUUAUUCAAUGUAGCAUAUUUGAGGUGCUGUGGAUUCGAAUCCUAGAUUCAACAGAUAAUCCAGCCUGAUAUUACAAUAAAGCACUAAACAAGUGUCAUACCUUUUGGAAAUGCUGUCAUUUGGAUCUGAGACAUAAACUGAUCUCCUUUCUACUUAGUCAAAUGGCUUGAGUGAAUAUUAAGGAUCCCAUGUCAUAAUUCGACGAAGGGAAACCCAUUUGACAUUUUCAUCUCAACAUUAACAAAACAUCGUCAAAUGUUGAUCCGAGAUAAUGGGAACUGCAGAUGCUGGAGAAUCCGAGAUAACAAAGUGUGUAGCUGGAUGAGCACAGCAGGCCAAGCAGCAUCUUAGGAGCACAAAAGCUGACGUUUCGGGCCUUGAAAU